GCAAUCGGAGAGUGAAGACGUGAAAUCCGAAGCGUUGACGAAAUUAUCUCAACCAGCCGCUCGUGAACGGUUUUUGAAUGCACAUGCUGAUACAAAAAGAUUGUGCAUGGAAAAUAUCUUGCUAAAUGAAAGAGUUGACGGAGUGUAUAUCCAUGUACAAGAGAGAGAGAACGAGUAUAGUGAAGUGAAACAAUAAGAAGCGAUAAGUUUGCAGUAUAUGUGCUUCAACACAAGUCUGGCGAAACAUUUGAAGCUUGCGGAUGUAUGACAAAGUGAAGAGAAAUACAUAAAUAUAUGUGUGGAAGAAUCUUGGAAGAAAAGUGAAUGAAGGAUCAUUUAUGUACGACGAAGUAGAACUAAACAAAACACACUGAAAUAAGUUUUUUUUCUCUCAAUGUGUUCCUUGUGAUGUCCGAGAGGAUGAAAAAGAAUAAAACUUCAAGUUAAGAAAAACAGAAAUCUGGAAGGAAGAAUAACAGAAGAAGCCGUCUUUGCUUGUGUUGAGUGAAUGCGCAGCGAUGCAGUUGGCUUAAACGACAGAUAAUGUAUGUGAAUGUGAUCAAGUAGCAUUGCAACGAGAAAUGAGUAAACAGUAGUGAACACUAACAAACGAUUCGGAGCCAAAUUGCAUUAAUAUUUCGCGAAAAUAUGAUGAUGGAGGAAGCAAAUUUUAUGCUGACUGAAAUCUCUGGUGGAUUUAUUUCUCAUCGACCACAUGCAAUACAUCGUUUCGUGCCGUACCCUUUACAUCAACCACACCUGCAGCCAGCACCGAUAUACAUUCAUCCGCAACCAAGACUUGUGUGUCGAUCAAAAACACCUCCCACGCCACCGCCACCGGAAGGAACACACAUCGGACAUCUGUAUCCGGAGAUUCUAGCAAUCAUAUUUGAAAAGCUCAGUGUAAAGGACCGCGGCAGAGCAGCACAAGUAUGCACAGUGUGGCGCGAUGCGGCUUAUUCGAAGAGUUGCUGGAAGGGAGUCGAAGCUAGCCUUCAUCUGCGGCGACCGUCACCUAGUUUGUUCACAUCACUAGUGAAGCGUGGAAUUAAGAAGGUGCAAGUGCUUUCAAUGAGACGUACACUGAAGGAAGUUGUUGUUGGUAUAUCUAAUUUAGAAUCACUGAAUCUUAGCGGGUGCUACAAUAUUACGGAUAUUGCACUAGGCCAUGCAUUUCCCACGGAUCUACCAAAUCUCAAAGUACUGGAUUUAUCACUUUGCAAACAAGUUACCGAUUCCAGCCUAGGACGUAUUGCGCAACAUUUGAAGAACAUAGAAGUGCUCGAAUUGGGCGGAUGCUGCAAUAUCACGAACACCGGUUUGUUGCUGAUUGCGUGGGGAUUGAAAAAGUUGAAAAGACUGAACCUCCGGUCCUGCUGGCAUGUUUCUGAUCAAGGGAUAGGUCAUUUAGCCGGCAUCGGGAAAGAAGCUGUUGAUGGUACUCUAGCUUUGGAAUACUUGGGCCUCCAAGAUUGUCAGCGGCUAUCGGAUGAAUCGCUUCGACACAUAGCACAAGGAUUAACAUCACUGAAGAGUAUCAAUCUAAGUUUUUGUGUAUCCAUUACGGACAGUGGUUUGAAACAUUUAGCAAAAAUGGCUAAAUUAGAAGAGUUAAAUCUGAGAGCUUGCGAUAAUAUAUCGGACAUUGGAAUAGCAUACUUGACAGAAGGAGGUAGUUCCAUCAGUUCAUUGGAUGUUAGUUUUUGUGAUAAAAUUGCAGACCAGGCGUUAACACACAUUUCGCAAGGUUUAUUCCAUUUGAAGUCACUUAGUCUCAGUGCUUGUCAGAUUACAGAUGAGGGAUUGGAAAAAAUCGCUAAAUCACUACACGAUCUCGAAACUUUAAACAUUGGUCAGUGUAGUCGUGUAACGGACAGAGGUUUAGAGAUUAUAGCAGAGGAGUUGAAGAACUUAUGUGCCAUCGAUCUGUACGGUUGUACUCGGUUAUCGCCCGUUGGAUUAAGUAAAAUAUACAAAUUAUCGAGACUGUCUAAAGUUAAUUUAGGAUUAUGGCAUGUCAGGUGAUGCGUUAGUCUAUUACAAAUUGAUUGUUAUUAUUAUUUUCGUUCUAUUGGAAUUAUAACUGAAUAGGCAGUAAAUACUCUCUGCUACAGGGAUUUAGGUGUACAUAGUAGAAACAUUUGAUAAAAGGUUCCAAAACUUAGCAAAAGAAAAUAUUUGAGUAGGGAGUGUUGCAAAAAAACAAUUGUUCCAUAAAAACAUUGCGACACUCAUCGUUGAAUGGAUGCAAUUUCUGCUAAAACAAAACAAUACAUAUUUGCUAUGUUAGCAGACACAUCAAUAUUCUUUGUAUAUAUUAUUCAGUAAGAAUUUGGUAAGAAUAAAUCCAUGAAAGCUAGAAUAUAUGCUGAGAAAAUCUCAGAUUGAAACACACGA